UUAGCUAAUUAUCCACGUACAGAACCCAACCCCAGAGACCACAAGAAAACGAUUCGUGCAAGGUAUACAUACAUCUGAACCUGAUGGCAUCAGCUCGCUACGUUACCCUCCAGGUGGUGCUGCUGGUCGCGGUGGCCCUCGCCGCAGCGCCCUGGCUCGUUCUCUCGGACCCCACGCCGCUUCAGGACUUCUGCGUGGCCGACCUGAAGGCCGCGACGGCGCUCGACGGGUUCCCGUGCAAACCAGCGGCCACAGUGGUGGACGAUGACUUCUUCUCGGCCGCCAUUAUCUCGGCGGGCAACACCAGCAACCCCUUCGGCGUCAACUCCACGCGCGCCACCGUGGCGGCCUUCCCGGGGCUGAACACGCUGGGGCUCUCCAUCACGCGCACCGACCUUGCGCCGGGGGGCCUGAACCCGCCGCACUCGCACCCGCGCGCCUCGGAGCUCGUGCUGGUGCUCAAGGGCGAGGUCAUGGUAGGCUUCACCUCCGGGCUCAACCGGCUCUACUCCAAGGUGGUGAAGGAGAACGAGCUCUUCGUCGUGCCCCGCGGGCUGCAGCACUUCCAGCUCAAUGUGGGCACCGGCGACGCCGUGUUCAUGGCCAUGUUCGACGCCCAGUCGCCCGGCGUGGUCACGCCGACGUUCUCGCUCUUUGCGACCAAGCCGGCCGUGCCCAUGGAGGUGCUCGCCAAGACGUUUCUCAUGGGCGAGGACGAAGUCGAUGUUAUCAAGUCCAGAUUCGCCGGCUUCUGAUCGCGGAAACGAGUGUUCGUUCUUCUAGCAGUUCAUCUGCUGAAUCAAUUGCUGGCGCAGCUACGCAGUGUGCCAGUACUCAUUGUUUGCGUGCGUGCAUGCAUGUAUGUGUAUUCUUUCAUUUAUUCACAUUGUUCUUGUACUUCUGUAUUCGAGUCUCUGUACUGUUUCUCGAUCUGUGGGGUGUGCUGUGUGCAUGUGUGUGUUUGUUUGCCCGCCUGCAGAGGUCGCUGGCUUGCUGCUUAGUCAACUGUUUUUCUUGUAAAAGGCCAGUAUAAGAUGUAUACAACAGAGAGAGAAAAUGUUACUCCCUCCUUCCCACGUUAAGUGACCAAAUAUAAACC